AUCCGGUGGGAAGUGAGCAAUCUGCAGCCGUCGAUUAAAGCGUUAAACAACGUAACGAAGAAGGAAAGAAUGAGAAUAAAAUUAGCAGUUUAAAAAGUCGAUUGCUCGCAGAGUUUUUAAAUUACUUCGAUUGGAGGUUUGCGUUGAAUUUCGGAGAAUUUGGGGUUUUUCAAAGGUGUGUGUUUUUCCUCCUUUUUUUGGGUUUGAUUUCCUAUACUCUGCAAGAUUCGACGUUGUGAUCUCCGAGGGACUUUAGGGUUUGUGUAAAUUGGAGUCCGAAGAAUUUGCCAAAAAAAAAUGUUGUGUUCAGCAGAAUUCGAUUCAUGAUCACAGCAGGAGACUAAGGAUUCUAUCCGUGAUCAGAAGAGGAAGUCAGGGUUUGGGGAAGUGAGGAUCUUAAGGGUUUAUUGUCAUGGCGACAGAGGCGGUGGCUGCACCAAGGGGGAAUUUGAGGAAGCCCGUGUUUGAGAAGGUGGAUGAGCUGCAGCCGGGGACGGCGGGGCACACGAUGGUGGUGAAGGUGGUUAGUUCGAAGCUGGUGUUGCAGAGAGCGCGUCCUAACCCUACAGGAAAUGCAAACCUUCGCCAGGUCCGCAUCGCCGAGUGCCUCGUUGGAGACGAUACUGGCGUAAUCAUUUUCACAGCCAGAAAUGAGCAAGUUGACAUAAUGAAAGAGGGAUUAACAGUGAUUAUUCGAAAUGCAAAGAUUGACAUGUAUAAGGGCACAAUGCGUCUUGCUGUGGACAAGUGGGGGAGAGUUGAAGUUACUGAACCUGCAAGCUUUACAGUGAAAGAAGACAAUAAUCUUUCUGCUGUUGAGUAUGAGUUGGUCAGUGUUGCAGAAUAAUCUUUUAAUCUAGUUUUAAAGCCAGACGCAGUCAGAGGUCUGUUAUGCCAAAUAGUUGGAUUGGAUUUGAAUAGAAUGAAUUACUUCAGGUACUGAAAGCCGUGGAGAGUGAAAAAUGUUUCUUUUUGGUAAGAGGACAAAAUCUAAAAACGCAUUUUGUAUCAGAAUACAGUUGAACUUGACCUCACCAGCUGCAUCUAUACAUGCAGUGAUAGUACUGGUUGGUUCAUUUUGGAGGCCUGCAAACACUUUACUGGAAAGCCAGAUGUCAGGAUAUCAGCAUUUUUGUAUGGUGAUGAUACUAGAAUUUUGCUAUCUGGAACUUGUCUGGUCUUCAGAAGCUGAAAGCAGGCAUUAUGUACAGGCUGAAAUAUUCAGGAAAAAGACAGUUUAGUAGGCAAUUUAUAAUUGCUGCUCAGUAUAUAUUAAUACUUUAGACGAAUAGCCAAAAGAUUUACAUAUCUUUUUGUGUCCAGAGAUUGGUAUUGUUAUUUACAUGCUAUUUGUAGCAAAUCUAUAAAUUUUUGGACUAAAUAAUGGAUAACGGUCAUUGUUCUUA